AUGAACCCUAUCGAGAACGAGGCCGUUAUUGCCCACGUUAUUGAUCGAUGUGGUGGAUCUGGCAAGGUAGAGAUUGUAGAUUGCGCAAAAGAGCUACCCGAGCUGAAGAGGCGUCCCGGCCUAACGACAUGGAAAAUCAUGGACAAGACUGGGCGUAUAUAUGAGAACUGGGCGGAAGCUGAGGAGGAAGUUCGAAAGCUCAAUCCUGCAGCUAGCCGGCUUGUGGAGGGCAUGUUCCCACCCUCUGGCGACGCCGAAAUUGGUGAUUUGACUCGGUGCAUGCGUGUAUAUCCUCACAUGCAGGAUACAGGUGGAUUUUUCAUUACUGUUCUUGAAAAGAAGCGCGAGAUCAAAGUAAAGUCAGAGUCCACCAAGGCGGCUACAGCUGCUCCUCAGGCUUCUGCCUCUGCUCUAGUGCCAGGCCCAACCACUAUAGAGAAGGAUGGCGAAGAUGAGCCAUUGGUACCCGAAAACGGCGCUGCUGCUGCUGAAAGCGGACAAGAUGCUGCUGCAUCUACUCUCAAGAGAGGAUCAGAGGACUUGGAACAGCCACAGGCUAAGCGGGCAAAGGUUACUGAUUCCGCUCAGGAGAAGGCAGAUAAAGUAGCAGAUACCAAGCCAGCGCCAACAGAGGCACCCUCAACCUCAGCAUCUGCUGUGGCACCGCCGAAGCUAAAGCGCAAACAGCAAUCGUCUUUUGAAGAGCCCUUUAAAUAUCUUGACUCUAACCGUGAAGACCUCGAUGAGAUCUUUAAAUACUUCAGACUCUCCCCCCAAUUCCCUCGCGACCGGUUCAUGGUCCGCAACGCCGAGGGUCGUCCUGCGAAGACUAUAUACUAUACCACAGUUCUCGCUCGGGACAUCCUGACAGAGAACGAAAGCACAGGAAUGAAAUUUGUGCACUGUGGCGUUAAGAUGUUUGUCAAACAGGACGUGCAGAAACCUGAUUCCACACUGAAGAAACUUCUUGUGGAAAUGUUCCCCAAGGUCAAUGACGGGGGAUGGAAAGAGCUGGGCGAGAUCGGAGAGCGAGUCAGGGAUAUGGAGAUGGGAUGCUACAUCCUACGACUGGAAGCGAGUGAUAGGGAAGAUGGAUUCCGAGAACGCAUGGUCUUCCCACUCUGGCGAAGUGCCUACUCUGUGAACCUGAUGCUCCCCAAGGAGGAACGCCGUGCAGUGCUCCUCCGUCUAUUUGAUGAUGAUACACCGCUAGUCAACUCGACGCAGAAGAGAGAAGCAGCUGCAGCCAAAGCCAAGGAGGGGAUCAACAUUGCAGACUAUGACUCGGAGCUAGAAGGAAAUGACAAGAUUAAUGGCGAAGCAAAUGGCGAUGAUGCUGACGCAGAGCCUGAGGCUGAAGCAGGAAUCACAGCAGCCAAAAGAACACAGAUGAUAAACAUCCCGGCCAUAUACGCUGGCCCACACACCUCACCACCCAUUGUCGUGGCCAUCGUGCUUGGAACGGUUAUUGGCUUCGUCCUGGUAGCCUACCUGAUCUACAUACUGGUCAACAAACCUAAGGACAUCAUGUCCGCCUCCUCAGACAUCGUCUCAGAGGACAUCCGACGGCCCAAACGAAAAGGACCGCCCCGUCGAAAGUCCACGAAACCACCUCCUCCAAAGAAGCCCAUCAUUGUGGACGAGGAUGAGCCAGAGGUGCCUAACUUUGUCGAUGUGCAGGACACUGGGAGGUACGAGGGGACCGAGUCGAUGGUCUACACGGAAGAGACGUCAGAGUCACACUACCACCACGCGCCGAGAUCGAGAUACUCGCCGGAGAUGGCGGAGUCGUAUUAUGAUCCGCACAGCAGCCGAGGAGGAAGAGGGAGGUAA